CCACGACGGUAAGAUCGAGGACCGAUAGCCAUUAUACAGAUAUGGUAAGCAUCUUGCAAAGCUGGCCCGAACCUGUUGUGCGAGUUCAAUCAGUCUCGGACAGCGGAAUAAACUCUAUUCCUGAGUGCUACGUUAAACCAGUAUACGAUCGGCCCUACGCCCAUGACCUCCGGUCAACAGAAGCCAACAUUCCUGUUAUUGAUCCCGCUAACAUUGACACCAGUAACCCUACCUUACGCCAAACAACAUUGAAUCUCAUCUCAGACGCUUGCUGCCAAUGGGGUUUCUUCCAGGUCAUCAACCAUGGUGUCAGCCACCAUCUGAUGGCGGCAACAAGGAAUAUCUGGCGGGAGUUCUUCCAACUACCUUUGGACGUGAAACAAGAGUAUGCCAACUCUCCGGCCACCUACGAGGGCUACGACAGCCGUCUUGGGGUGGAGAAAGGUGCGAAAUUGGAUUGGAGUGAUUACUUCUUUCUUCACUGCCACCCAACUUCAGUUAGAAAUGAACGUAAGUGGGCAGCUCAGCCAGCAUCUUGCAGGAAAAUGGUGGCCGAGUACAAUGAUGAAGUCGUGAAACUAUGUCGACAAUUGAUGAAAGUUUUCUCUCUGAACCUUGGAUUAGAAGAGGAUUAUCUUCAGAACGCAUUUGGAGGGGAUGAAAUCUCGGCUUCAUUGAGAGUUAAUUUUUACCCAAACUGCCCUCAGCCGGAUAAAUAUUUGACUUUAGGAAUCUCACCACAUUCUGAUCCAGGUGGUAUCACCAUUUUGCUGCCUGAUGAUCAUGUUUAUGGCCUACAAGUCCGUAAAGAUGAUGCUUGGGUCACAGUUAAGCCAAUCCCUAAUGCUUUCAUUGUAAACCUUGCGGAUCAACUUCAGGUUCUAAGCAAUGCUAAAUACAAGAGUGUAGAGCAUCGUGUGAUUGUUAAUUCAAAUGUCAACACUGACAAUCUGCGUGCAUAUGCUUAUUCCAUGUUAAAAAAAAACUUUCAUAUUACUUUUAGUGUGGACUCUUGCGCGAAUUGGAUCACUUCUAUAUAUGCCGUAACAAAGAAGACGCAGAAAAACCAUAAUUAUCUCACCAUCGCUGGAAACCCUAGCUAUGCAAUUCCAGAGAUAACCGCCAUGGUAGCCGGCGCUGCGAAGCCUGUAUCUCAACAAAACCCUGAAAACGAAAUGAAAAUUGAAGACAAGAUAUCGAUUUCUCAACAAAACUUUGUCUCUGUCUACCUCCACCUCAAUUCAGGAACAUCAAUGGCCAAAUAUACAACAUUAUCAUCUUCUUGA